AUGUUCCUGCCUUCCCGCCCCUCGCUUAGCCGACCAAUUAGAGUUCAUGGUCUUUUUCUUUUUCUUUCUUAUUGGUUAUGGGGGCAGUUGGCUAGCAGCACUACGGGUGAUAUUAGGGGUCAUCCGGGGCUCGAUGGAAUUUUCCCUUCAGAUGCAAAUAGUUGGUCUAAGGGAUGUGCGGUCAGAAAGAAAGGAUACAAUAAGCCAUACUCCUUAUUUCAACUUCAGGAUCGUAGUAAUGACCGACAGGAACGUCCCAUUAAGAUUCCAGGGCUAUCACUCUUGGGGUCAGAGCUUAGUGACGGGCCUUAUACCGAGACUAUGGCUUUCGACUUGCAUUUCGGUGGUUAUGUUCGAAAUGUAUCGUCCGGUAUAUCCGCUCAGAAUCCUGACCCUUUUCAUCGUCGAGUCGAAUUGGAACGGCUUGGAUCAAAACGACUCAAUGCCACACUCGUCGGAGUCUACUCCUUAUCGGGUAAUUCUCGUUGGGACGGAAGAGCGAACAUCUCCGUUUUGGGUGAAUAUAGGUUAAUGCACGUCAAUCAGAGAGGCUUGGCUGAUUGUGAAGGAAGGCAAUCGCCGAGCUCUGUAUUGAAAAUUGUGUCCGAACCGCGGAUACCAGCCUGUUGCAUGGAAUAA